AUCCCGUCCGCUCUCCCCUCGAUAAACUUGUGAGAGCCGAACUAGUAGUUGGGUCGGUGACGACCAGCGAAUCCUCGGUGUUGUAUGUUUUUUUUUCUUUUGUUGAGUAGCUUUCCUUUCCCCCUCGAUGGCCGGGGGAUGUCGAGCGCCUCAGAGCCUCGGCACCCCUCCACGGCAGCCUUCGCAGCCCCUUGUGACUCGGACCCUCUGCGUCUCCUCGACGCCUUCAUCCCGUUCGUUAUCGGGGCUCGUCACUGCGAGUUAGAGCGUAGAAGGGGAGAGACUCGGUUUGCAUGACUUUACUCCCAUAUAUAAUUAAUUGCAAUUAAAUAGGGCAACACAGUUAGCGCCCUCAUCUGUCUGAUUUGGGUAUCACCGCAUUCUCAGUUAGUCCUCCAUUUGUCACCCCCACCCCCAUCGAUCGCUCAGUUUCCUCCAAUGACCUGCUUCAGAGCAGCCAGCAUCAUAUCGGGCUUGCUGAGGAAGCCACAGUGGCCGGUCUCCAUGGUGGCUGUGCGCGGAUCCGGUCCGAGCUGCCGGGCCAUGUCCUGCUGAAGAUUGUACGGAAGGGCCUUGUCGAUCGUCUGGAAGAUAGAACAGAGCAGCCGAGGUCCAG